AUGUCUCAGGGUCAGGAGAUCGCAAGCUGCACACAGGAACAACACUAUGCCCCCAGCAAGAGCCAAGGCCUGGAGGCUACACAGGUCUCCAAGGCUGUGGAGGAGACUUCUCCCUCCUCUGGUUCUCUGAUGCCUGGCAACAUGGAGGAAGCUCUGGCUGCUGGAAUACCCAGUGCUCCCCAGAGUGCCUACUCUUCUUACCCUCUCAUCACAGCCAUCUCACCAGGCAAAUCAGGUGAGGGCUCCAGCAGCCUAGAAAAGGAUAAUAGUUCUGCUUCUUCAUCAAAGUCCCUGUCCGACAUUGAGAAUUUCCCCAUAGACCCUCUAGAUGAGAAGGUGACAAUACUGGUGCAGUGCCUGCUGCACAAGUAUCAAAUGAAAGAGCCCAUCACAAGGGCAGAUAUGAUUGAUGUUAUCUUAAGAUACAACGAUGAGUUCCCUGAGAUCCUCAAGAAAGCCUCUGAGCACAUGGAGCUGGUCUUUGGUGUUGAUAUGAAUGAGGUAGACCCCACCAACCACAGUUAUGUCUUUGUCAACAAAUUGGGCCUCACUUAUGAUGAGAGGCUCAGUGGUGAGGACAGCAUGCCCAAGACCAGCCUCUUGAUAAUUGUCCUGGGUGUGAUCUUCAUGAAGGGCAAUUGUGCCACUGAGGAGGAGAUCUGGGAAGUGCUGAAUAUGAUGGACUUAUAUUCUGGGAGGAAGCACUUCAUUUUUGGGGAGCCCAGGAAGUUCAUCACCCAAGAUUUGGUGGAAGAGGAGUGCCUGGAGUACCAGCAGGUGGCCGACAGUGAUCCUCCACGCUAUGAGUUCCUGUGGGGUCCCAGAGCCCACGCCAAAACCAGCAAGAUGAAAUUGCUGGAAUUUCUGACAAAGAUCCACAAGUCCGACCCCAGGUGCUUCCCAUCCCAGUGUGAGGAGGCUUUGCGAGAUGAAGCAGAGAGGGCCCGAGCUAGAUCCAGCAGCGCCCAUUCUGGUGCUAGAUCUCACAGCUCCUCCCAGCCCUCUCAGCCCUCCCAACACUAG